CGCGCGCCGGAAGUCCCCGCUGGGUCGGCCAGGGUGGCGGGAAGAGCCAGUCCGCCCGCCCGAGGAGCUCACGUUUCCGCGAGGACCAGACAGUAAUGCGAAGCAUGGAAGAUUCCCACAAAAAUAACACUUCAGAGACAGCAGGUCAAUCCAGUUCAGCUGUUCAGGGAGCCCGCAUCGCUCACAUUGCUCAACAGAUGUCACUAAGAGGAUCUGCGCCAGUGACAAUUGUACCUCUUCCUGGAGAGCAAGUACAGGUUCAGGGGGUCAUCCAGACAGCUCAGUCUUCUGUAAUUCACCCACCACACGUGCAAACGGUAUCAUCUUUAUCAGAAAGUGAGGAGUCUCAGGACUCAUCUGACAGCAUAGGCUCCUCACAGAAAGCCCACGGGAUCCUAGCACGACGCCCAUCUUACAGGAAAAUUUUGAAAGACCUUUCUUCUGAAGAUAUACGCAGCAGAAAAGGGGACGGAGAAAGCCCUGGAGUUUCCACUGUCACUUCUAUGUCUGUUCCAACUUCCAUCUAUCAGACCAGCACUGGACAGUACAUUGCCAUUGCCCCAAAUGGAGCCUUACAGUUAGCCAGUCCAGGCACAGAGGGAGUACAGGGGCUGCAGACAUUAACCAUGACAAAUUCCGGCAGCAGUCCGCAAGGUACAACAAUUCUCCAGUACGCACAGACCUCUGAUGGACAGCAGAUACUUGUGCCCAGCAACCAAGUGGUUGUACAGAGUAAGUAUGGGAUAUGCCAGCAGAAAGUGCCCCAUAGUGCUUUGAAGAAUGUUCACCAACUUUCACUCUCUUUUGACCACAUAGCUGCUUCAGGAGACAUGCAGACAUACCAGAUCCGUACCACCCCGUCAGCUACUUCUCUGCCCCAGACUGUGGUCAUGACAUCUCCUGUGACUCUGACAUCGCAGACAACUAAGACAGACGACCCCCAACUGAAAAGAGAAAUAAGGCUGAUGAAAAACAGGGAAGCUGCUCGAGAGUGUCGUAGGAAGAAGAAAGAGUAUGUGAAAUGCCUGGAAAAUAGAGUGGCUGUUCUGGAAAAUCAGAAUAAAACUCUCAUAGAAGAGUUAAAAACUUUGAAGGAUCUUUAUGCAAAUAAGAGUGUUUGACUCUUAAAAUAUUUUUGUGGACUUGUCUAAAAAUUAGGUGGAUUUCUUUUCAUUUUGAUGGAGUUUUGUAAGACAAAAGGUCAAAAAUAAAGCUUUUUAUUUAGGCUUUUGCAACUCAGAGAUCACUCUCUUCUACAAGAAAUCUGGUGACAUCGGAUAAAGGAAAAUAUGACCUCCAGGAGGCUACUGGCGCAACUGGAAGCUUUGUAAAAAUUAAACAGAACUCAAGAUGCAGGAAGUUCUGAGCUUCAACAGUAUGAAUUGUCUAAAUUAACAAUAGAAAUUUUUAAAUGGCAGAUAAAAUGAAAAUUGGGUGAAUUGGAUUUUUUAAAACAAAUUUACCCUCAAUGUUUGCAUUCCUUACUGUUUCUUGGUAUUAACUUUUCAGUAAUGUAUGUGUAUAUGUUCUUAUUUCUGCCAAUGAGUUCCAAAUGACAAAUGUCAAUGAAAAACUAAUGCAUACGUAAAUCCAUCAAUGCUUUCUGAGCAUGUGUACUUGUUCUAUUGUCAAGCCUUUUAAAAAUGGGUCGUUAAAGUUUCUUGAACUUGAGAGUGUUUUUGAGCGUAAUUAUUUUUGAGGCCUUGUCCUAAAAGGCAUGUAAGGUACAUAAAUGGAGUUGUGAUUUUAUGAAAUUUUUAUUAGAAUGGAAAGAGAGCUAUUUAAAAGUUUGAUACUUUUCACUAUUUAAAAGCCUGAUACUUUCAAAUAGUUUGUUUUGGGUUACUCUGGGAAUGGUGAUUUUUUACAAAUUAUAAUAAAUUGUGUUUUGAUUCUAUAUUCUGUAUUAGUUGAAUAUACAUAUUCUGUUGUGCUUCAAUAGAAUGGGAUGUUUACAGGCCCUUAAAAUGUUGUUAGAGGAUUUUUUAAAAACCCUCUGAACAUGCUUACCAAAGUUUUUCUAAGAGGAUUUCAUAACCAAUUUAAUGUGGAGUUUAUCAGAGUCUAAAAUUAGUGCAGUUAUUAAUGCAAUUUUGUGUUAGAGACUCUUUUGUACUGUAGUGAAUGGUACCUUUAUAAAAGUGACUGCCAAUAUAUUUUUAUAGCUAAUCUUUAUAAAUUCUAAUGCUGACUUUUAAUGAUUAUUUUAAAUGUUUAUAUAGUUGGUUUAGUAAAAAAUAAAUAUUUUGCAACUCAAAAUACCAUUUUUAUAUUAUGAAAAGUAAAGUUUUCAGAUAGGCUAAUAUUUGAAUUGUACACUUUUGGUAUGCAGGUUCUCUAAAGUCAGGAAUGCUGCCAGUGCUCCAGUGUUUACCUUCUGUAUUCCAGUUUAUACAUACACUUUGAGCUGUGCUACAAGCAACUGUGUGUUCCUUAUACAAUAUGUUUCGUACUGUCUUUUCUGAAAUUAAAGGAUGUUUGAUAAAAUUAA